AAAGCGGUUGCGAAGGUGGCGGCGUCACUUGUCAACAAGUUUUGAAUUGGAGAAGCAGCUGGUGUUUAGUGAUACACAAAUAUAAAGAAAACUGGGUAUAAAAUCCAUAGAAAAAGUGAUGAACUUUGGUGUGAAGAAAAUAAUUUGUUAGGAAUAAUUAAAACCGGCAGCGUUAAUGAGUCACCAGAGACCCGACAGGAAGAUCGCCGCUAAAAUGAAAGCUGGAGGAGAGAAAUUAAACACCGGAGCGCGGAGGAAGCGCCGAGACAUGCGGGUUUUAGCCGAGAGGAACACGGCGGUGGUGCCGGUCGGUGCCUGGGUCGAGAUCGCAGAGGAGGAACAGGAGCAUGCAGGGGUUCGCGCCGCGGUCACAGAGGAGCUCCUGGAGGAAACCCGCAGGGUAAAGGAAGAGAACUUGCGCCUUUUUCAGGAUGCGGUACGCAGGCGCGUAUCGGAGCAGGUCCGAAUCCGGAAACGGCGCCAAAUUCACAAGCUGGAAACGUCCGAGAGGGAGUGUCAAGUAUCCCACCCAACACGGGGCGACUCCACCCCUACCUUUACCUCACACGGGGAGCUCCCAGGUGCACGCUGGGUCAAGCUUAAUGAGCUCCAGACGGCCGGCGGUCAUGAUGUGAACCAGUACAGACGUCAGCAAAGCAAAGUCAUGAAGCAGGUGAGACACAGAUUGGCCUCGUGCCGGACCGUCCACGAGGGCGAGGAAGUGUCAGAGCUUCCAGGAGGGAUAUGGAAAGUGUCUCCAUCUAGAGAUCAGGCUGUCAGGAGAAUAAUAGAUGAUGAUGAAGAGGAGGAGGAGGAGAAUGAAGAGGAGGAGAAUGAAGAUGAGCUGUGGGAGGACGAAGGCGUAGCGUUGGCGGAGCGGCACGACCGGUCGCUUUGUUCUUCCCAGAACAACAAGACGGUGACUUUUCAGAACGAUGCGGUGAGUGAAAGGGUCUCGAGAAGAGAGCCCCACCCCUCAAGCCUGGACUACAGAUCCACUCAGGUGCUGUGGCCGAGAGAGGACACGGAAGAGGAGCAGAAGAUGCAGAGACGCUCUCAUUUCAUGAUGCAUCGCCGACAUUUCAUGGACAUCGAGAGGGAGCAGGUGAAGGAGCACCAGAGAGUCAAGAAACAUCUGAGGAGAAUCGCCAGAAUUAAGGCCGAGAAGGAGCAGCAGAGGGAGGAGGAAGAGAGGAGGAUGGAGCUCUCUCGCCAGCAGGAGGAGAGCAGGAGGGAGAUGGUCGAGAGGGAGCACCUCAUUCUGGAGCGGCUCAGGCUGGAGGAAGAGGAGCACGAGGAGGAGAAGAGAAGAGCAAGAGCGAAGAAAUCCAGAGAGACAACAAGGUACGUCGAAGCUUUGCGAGCGCAGAUAAAAGAAAAGUUGGAGCAGGAUAAAAUCGAGCUUCCUCCACUCUGCUGCUGCGGCGAGAGUUUUUGGGAUUCGCACCCCGACACCUGCGCCAACAACUGCACCUUCUACAACAAUCCUAAAGGCUAUGCCCAGGCUCUGCAUUCGGUCCUGUUGAGCUGUGAGCUGAACGAAGGCGACGCCAGACACGGGGGCUUCAUACGGAAAAUCGUGCAUACACUCACACACCAGAGCUAGUGUUGUUGUUUUUUUAUUUAUAAUCUCUGAUGAAUGACGGACAGUUCACCGUUCACUGAUACCUCAACAACCUCAAGGAUCCUGAAGAAGAAAUAGUUUGUUCAAAUCGUUUUUUUUCUUCUAUUUAUAUCGAUCUCGUCGAGAACGUUCUUAUACUAAGGUUUGUGUGGAAUCAAAUAAAAAGUGUGAUUUGA